AUGGCCCGUUUGUGGAGCCUUUCCCUGCCCAGCUGCCUCCUCUCCCUGCUCCUUCUCCUCCUCCAGUUGUCAUGCAGCUACGCAGGGCAGUUCAGAGUGAUAGGACCAGGGCAUCCCAUCCGGGCCUUAGUUGGGGAUGAAGCAGAUCUGCCAUGCCGCAUAUCUCCUGGGAAGAACGCCACGGGCAUGGAGGUGGGAUGGUACCGUUCUCCCUUCUCAAGAGUGGUUCAUCUCUACCGAAAUGGCAAGGACCAAGAUGCAGAGCAAGCACCUGAAUACCGGGGACGCACAGAGCUUCUGAAAGAGUCUAUUGGUGAGGGAAAGGUCACCCUCAGGAUCCAUAACGUGAGGUUCUCAGAUGAAGGAGGCUUUACCUGCUUCUUCAGAGACCACUCUUACCAAGAAGAGGCAGCGGUGGAGUUGAAAGUGGAAGACCCCUUCUACUGGAUCAGCCCCGGCGUGCUGGCUGUCCUUGCUCUUGUGCCUCUGCUCCUCCUGCAGGUCUCUGUAGGCCUCGUAUUCCUCUUCCUGCAGCACAGACUGAGAGGAAAACUUCGUGCAGAAGUCGAGAAUCUCCAUCGGACUUUUGAUCCUCACUUCCUGAGGGUGCCUUGCUGGAAGAUAGCACUCUUUGUUAUUGUGCCUGUUCUUGGACCCCUAGUUGCCUUGAUCAUCUGCUACAACUGGCUGCACCGAAGACUGGCAGGACAGUUUCUUGAGGAGCUAAGUAAGUUCUCCCUAACACCCUUCUCCAUUCCUGAGACACCGCAUUAUGCAGCCCGAGAACUCAUUAUGUAA